UCCAUUAGAGCCAUAAUUCAAUUUAUUAUUACAACAAACGUUAAACUUGAAUUCAGUCUUACGUACAAGUGGCAAUAAAAGUGGCCGUUUGAAAAGUGAAAUCUUCCAUAUUUUAACGUGAUUGAAUCAAAUUGGAGAUAAACGAAAGAAAAAGAAAAAAAAUAGAGAAAGAAAAUGCAGUCUUCCUGUGUUAUUUUAAUGCUUUUUCUUUGCGUUACCAUGUUUGGUGUAAAAGAGGUGUUUUCAAAUGAUGAAGAAGUCGCUGAAGUGGAAUUUCGAACAGGUACACCACAAAGAGAACCAGAGUUGCCAUUUGUAAGAAAUCAUCAUGUGCCACAAUUCAUGCAUUAUAAUGAUAUUGAUAUGGAAACGGCUGAGACACAUCAUCUUCGUCGACGCAUACAAAAAAUUAACCGAAGACUAGGUUUUCCACUCUUUUCAGGUUUUCAAUCGUUCAACCCAUUGAGUUUAUUAGGUUUUUUCGGAUAAAAAACCAAAUUAAUAAAUGCAUUCAAGUCAAAUGAAGCGAAC